AUGUCUACCUUUGCAUCUUUACUCUCUGAAAUUGUUGAAUCCUUAUUGCCAACAGUCGCUCUUGCCGAGGACGAAGAAGAAACUGUUGAAGAAGAAUCUACUGAAGAAGCCGAAGAGGCCGAGGAGGAGGCCGAGGAAGAAGAUGACGACGACGAUGAUGAUGAUGAGGAAGAAGCUGAGGAUGUUUUCCCUAAGUUGAGAGAGGACGCUGCCGAAGGCGUCUGCCACUCUUUCAAGCAUCACUUUGACGAGUGCGUUGAGCGUGUUACCAAGGCCCAGGAGGAACCCGGCUACGCUGACUUGGACUACAAGGAAGAUUGCGUUGAAGAAUUCUUCCACCUUGAACACUGCAUUAACGACAACACCUCCUCCACUCUUUUCAAGCUCCUCAAAUAA